AUGUACCGAUUUCCGAGCAACAUCAACAACAACGAGAUGAUCAAGAAGAAGAGACUAACGAGUGGACAAUUAGCUUCACUUGAACGUAGUUUUCAAGAAGAGAUCAAAUUAGAUUCAGACAGGAAAGUUAAGCUGUCUAGAGAGCUUGGUUUGCAGCCACGUCAGAUAGCGGUUUGGUUCCAAAACCGCCGUGCACGGUGGAAGGCAAAGCAGCUCGAGCAGUUGUACGACUCUCUUAGGCAAGAGUACAACGUCAUUUCAAGAGAGAAGCAAAUGUUACACGAGGAGGUGAAGAAGCUGAGAGCUAUAUUAAGAGACCAAGGUUUGAUCAAGAAGCAAAUAUCCGGUGAGACAACCAGAGUUUCCGGUGGUGAAGACACGGCGGAGAUUCCAUCGGUGGUUCCUCAUCCAAGAACGGAGAAUCUGAAUAGCAAUCAGAUUUAUGGUAUUGAUCAAUACAACAAUCCGAUGCUUGUUGCUUCCUCUUGCUGGCCUCCUUACCAGUGA